AUGGAACGGUCUGAUUGUUCGAUACUGAGGGUUGGGUGUAUAGACCCCCAGCUUUCUCCUUUGCUGGCGGCUUCCAUACAUGAAGACACUACCACCUUGGGCUUUCCGGGGCAUUCAGCUAACUACUUAAACGUUCCCACGAAUGCCGAUUCUGCCAAUCUUCAAACAGGUGCUUAUGAAUCAGAGUGGAUGAUCGGAACCGACUUUGAUGUCGGCGCUUUCAAUCAAUCCAUUUCUGAACCCAUUUCUGGAUGGGGGCACCCUGUCGCCAACGGUUCUGCUCAUUACGGUGGGAUCUUCCAUGCUGCAAGUGCUCCACACUAUUCGAGAUCUUCAGACACUGUUGACCAAGUCCAACGCCUCUGGUACACUCGAUUUUGCCACAAUGAUACCCCAGGACGGGCGAAGAACGCAAAUCAGAGCCACGAUGGCGUUGAUGAAGCAUAUAUACAAGAUCUUUCUGUUCAACUGCGACCGCCCAUAGGGGACUCUGUUCUUCCCUCAGCUGACUUCCUAAACCUUUGCGUGAAGCUGUUCUUCGUGAGAUUUAAUACAAUUUUUCCACUGAUACAUGCCGGGUCUUUCCGUCCCUCUUCUGGAAAUUCCCUACUACUCUUGUCGAUAUGCUCUAUAGGCGCGCUCUUCGUGGGUUCCACUAGUGCUGCAGCGCAAGGCAGGAAGAUCUUUCAAGCGCUGAACAAAGCAUGCCUGGCAUCUUGGGAGAACUACGUUGGCGGUGACGUUCAGGAGAUGCUUGCACUCGUCCAGGCAGCUACAAUCGGACAGACAUUCGGCAUGCUUUCAGGACACUCACACGAUGUCUACAUGACGGACUGUUUCCACGGCACAGUGAUUGCUUGGGCGCGCCAGGCAGGGUUCUUCAAGAUCAAAGACUCCAUGCACACGAUCAAGAGCGGCCCCCAUGGGAGCUUGUCGGAGGCUUGGAAAUCGUGGGUGUGUGCUGAAGAGUCAAUCCGGCUUGUAUUGGGGCUGCACGUGCACGACGUCGAACUCGCCUCGAGAUUCCACCAUGGAACCAUGUUACGCCACACGGCUCAAGUUCUCCCCGUCUGUUGCCAUGAGGAGUUAUUUGCUGCGUCUACGGCAUCGCAAUGGCACGCUCUCCUCACGGCUAGCGAAGGCUCGAGCGCCACUCAUCUCUCCCCAUCUGAGGGCCUCAUUCAGACUUCGAGCUCAACCCUUCGCAGCUCAUACAUGCACACGUAUGCCUUCCUUUCGAACGUUGUGGCCUCGAUCCAGGACGCGAGGGCGUUGUCGACCCUCGAUGCCGACUCGGUGGAACGCAUUCGAGCAUCUCUGCUUGCCUGGCAUCGAGGCUAUCUGGCCGUGCCUCAAGACUCCCAAGCGAAUAGCACCAGCCUGAUGAUACUGUGGCACGCGGCCUUCACGGCGCUGUAUGCCGACUUUGAUCUUCUGGAACGCGCAAUCGGUCGUGAUGGACACCCGCCCAAAAAGCAUUCUACGAGCGAGGUCCGCAAAUGGGCCGUCUCUCCAGAGGCCUCGCGAGGCGUCCUGCACGCGUUAUCGGUCCUGCAGCAUACAGAAGCCCUGCCCGUCAGCGUCGAGCCCGCAAUCCACGUCCCAAAGGCCCUGUUCUCGUCCGCGGUUCUGGUCUACUGUUGCAUCCAUUUUUCUCCCACGGGACACCACCGUACGCCUUCUCAAGAUGAUAUCAACAGCCCGGAGUUUCCAAGACCGGGAUCGAUUGGCGCCGCUAGUCAACGACCUCCAUCGGCGUUUCCUUCGGCAGAUUUGAGCAUCGUAUACAACGUCAUGGACCUCCUACGCCGUAUCGGUCACUGGGAAAUAGCGCGUAGACUCGCUUCGAUAGUAGAAGUCUUGUUGUUCGACAUGGGUAGCUACUAG